AUGGGCGUGCUCACCAUGUUCCCGUCCUCGUCAGACCCAGACGAGGCCGGCAUCGAUUACUGCCGCCAGUACGUCGCUGCCCAGCUCGCUGCCGGGGCCUCUCCGCAGCAGGUCCUCGCAUCGUUUGGCGUUGAAGCUGCCGAGGCUGCGACAAUCGGAGACGCUGCUGAGGCUGCCGAGGGCCAGGCCGGCGAAGCGCUGGUGCGUCGUGUGCUCGCGCAGGUCCGUGCGGUUCAGGACGAGGCGCUGCCGCGCGCGCUCAUGGCUGCCGUGCACGCCGGUCAAACCGCCGAGGCGCUGGCGCUGAUGGAGGCGGGCGCUCCGUGGGACGCCAUCGACUCGUUCGGCCACUCCGCGGGAGCGAUUGCCCUGAGGGACGGGAACACAGCGCUGCUCGACGCGCUCCUCGAGGCGGGCAGCAGCAGCGUCCUCUGGGAG